AUGGCAAUAACAGUGGAUGACCCAAAUUUACAGCAAAAAGAAGUUGAAGCGAUGAAACGUGCCGCAUUCUUCGGUAUCACUGUAUCAACGAUGGCUACGUUGACAGCGAUCAUUGCUGUACCUCAUCUGUUCAACUACAUGCAAUAUGUACAGUCGACAUUCAAGCUUGAAGUUAAUUAUUGCAGACAUUUAACGGAUGGCUUGUGGCAACAACUUGAUAAGGUAGAAAUAUUAACCGAUACCAAGAAUGUUAACACCAACAAUCGCUUGAAAAGAUACGCAAAUCGGUGGCACAACAGCGGAAUGAAACACAGAAGGAAUCAUGCGCACGCAGUUCCAACAUAUUCGGUUGAAAAUGAAGCUGAAGGAUACACUGUUGAGGAUGAGAAGGAUCAGGAGGGAGAAAGAGAAGAUUUAGAGAGACAGCAAGUGGAAGAAGAGAACAGCAAAUCUAUGCUAACAAAAGAUGUGACACAAAGUGACACGAUCCUAUAUGAGAAGAGCAGCACUGGCAAAAAUUAUGGUACGAAAUACAAGUUGUUUCGAACUAGUGAUGACAGCAAAUAUAAUGGUGAUGGUUCAAGAACUGGGACACCUAAAACUAUUGAAAAUACGUGUUGUAGUUGUGAUGUUGGAGUUGUUGGGCCACCAGGUCCUCCAGGAAGUGAUGGUGAAGACGGUGCCGAUGGACUACCUGGAGUACAUGGAUCACCCGGUAGAGAUACUGAACCAGAUGUGAAACCGGAACCAGAGGAUUUCUGUUUCGAUUGCCCUUCUGGUCGACCAGGACCAGUUGGAACUCCAGGAGCAAAAGGAUUCCCAGGACAAGCCGGAGAGCGAGGAGUCAAUGGAGGGAGAUCUCUGCUACCAGGAUUACCAGGACCACCAGGACUUCGUGGACUACAAGGACUUCCAGGAGUUCCUGGGCCACCUGGGGCUAAUGGUUCACCUGGUGUUUUCAGUGAAAAUGCUGGACCGCAAGGAUUGCCAGGUCCUUCAGGACUAGUUGGAUCACCCGGUAACGCAGGACAACCUGGUACAACUGGCAGGCCUGGACCCAUUGGUCCAGUUGGGCCACCAGGUGAUCCUGGACUACAAGGUGUCCCAGGAGCAAAUGGAUUAAAUGGAAAACCGGGAUUAUUUGGCAAAGAAGGAAGACAAGGUUCAUGUGAUCAUUGUCCACCACCUCGUACUCCUCCUGGCUACUAG